AUCAUCACAUUAUUAAUUAAUAAUGGCUGCAGUAUCCUCAAUCUCAUCCUUGCUUAUAGUUUUACUCUUUCUCCAUUUCUCCGCUUCUUUUCUUCCCACUACCACUGCUUUAUCAUCUUGCAAUGGUCAAUGCCGGACGUUGAACGACUGCGCAGGCCAACUCAUCUGUAUCUCCGGUCGUUGUAACGACGACCCUAACGUUGGGACCCGCAUAUGUGGCGGCGGUGGAUCACCUCCAGCUCCAUCUGAUGGUUCAUGUAAACCGUCGGGAACUCUUAAUUGUAAAGGAAAAAGUUACAGUACCUAUGAUUGUUCGCCACCGGUUACCUCAUCUACUCCAGCCAAGUUGACCAACAAUGAUUUCAGCGAGGGCGGGGACGGGGGUGCGCCGUCUGAGUGCGACGAGCAGUUCCAUUCGAACUCGGAAAGGGUGGUGGCGUUGUCGACGGGUUGGUACAGUGGAGGGUCGCGGUGCGGGAGGACGAUAAGGAUCAGGGCUAGUAAUGGACGGACCACAACUGCCAAGGUGGUGGAUGAGUGCGAUUCUAGGAACGGUUGUGAUGCUGAGCAUGCUGGUCAACCGCCGUGUAAGAACAACAUUGUUGAUGGAUCGGACGCAGUUUGGAAUGCUUUAGGAUUGAACGUUGACUUAGGUGUCGUGGAUGUCACUUGGUCAAUGGUCUAGACGUACUAGUCACUUAUAAUACAUCUUUAAUUUCGGCCAAUAAAUAAAUCCAAGUUUUUAAAUAAUUUCAAAUAAUCGAAUAAUAAUUAAGGCUCAGAAAUUAUUGACACUUUCUUAUUGUAUCAUUUUAAUUCAUAUAUAUCCUUGUUGUUUGUUGCCUUAAUUUCUUUUCUUUUAUUUUAUUUUACAAUAAAAGGUUAUUUUAUAUGGUU